CCGCGCGUAAUUCCAUCCCUCGAUUUCCUCAACCCCCAAAAAAUUCAAGCUUCAACAUCAAAAUCUCUAGCCACUGAUCCCACUCUCGGAAUUAGCAUCUAAUUGGAAAAUUUCACAGGCGAAUCAAGUUAUGGCGCCGCAGCUGUUGCGGCAGCUCAACGGCGAGAGGGCGGUGGUGUUGCUCUAUGUUGUUCGAAUUAUUUUCUCAAUUCCUUUUAGUCUCCUGCCGGAAGCUUUUUCCCUCUCUCUCCUCUUCCUCCUCGCUCUCUGCGUUGAGAUCUCCGUGGACGACGCCUCAAAUCCGCUUUCUCUUUUCUUUAGAACCAGGCCUGGAGCUUCUUCUGGAGUUCUGUUGGGUGCAGUCACGCUGCCCGGUCUCCUAGUCUCCAAGUUGGUACAAACUUCGAGAGCAAUUACAUUAGAGGAAGUUGGAAUUGAAGAGUUUGAGUAUCUGAAGUCACAGUACUGGGCUGCAUCAUCCAGUUGUGUUGCGGUGCUAAUUUUCCUUUCCCUCGUCUGUCAGCAUCAGGGCAAGAGCAAGAGCAAGACUUCCAUCAGCUCUCUUUCCAGCAGGAACCAAAUAUAUAGUUCCAUUUGUGUAAUAUUCUUUGUUGGAUCCGGCUUAGUAUCCUUAUCUGGGAAAUUGUACGGUGGCUGGGCUCCAGUUUUGGUAUCGUUAUGGGUACUUGGCCAUGGAUGGGCAGCAGUAACACUAAUUCAAAAGAUCCUUGAAACAUUUCCAGCAUGCGCUUCUAUAGGAGAAUCUCUUCUAGUGACUACAGGACUUGUACUCUAUUUUGGAGACAUGAUGGCAUAUACUACUUCAAAAAUUUCUUAUUUGGCGUCAUCCGAUGCACUAUUCAUUCAAAAUGGAAUCAACAGAAGUGAGAUAAGCACCAUUAUUCAGGGAAUGAUUUUUGGCCUCCUUCUUUUUCCUGUGUUCUAUAAAUAUGUUCUUCGGAUGGUGGAAUACUGUGUCAGCUCGGAAAACACCACAGACUUGGGAAAUCAUGAGAAGAGAAGAUCCCUUGUGUUUUAUGCUAUACUCACUUUUGUGUUGGUAGCGGUAGUUCCGUCAUGGAUGCAAUUAGUGCAUGCUUUUCACAUGCAUCCUCUUUUAUGGGUCAUUGAUUUUGUUUUAUCCGAACCGCUAAAGAGACUUACCCUAUGUGUCUAUUGGCUGGUCAUCAUAUCUGUGUCUGUUAGACGGUUUUACAGCAUAUCAAAGAACAGUAAAACCGAGAGAAUACUUCUUCGCAAAUAUUAUCAUCUGAUGGCUGUUGCAAUUUUUGUUCCUGCCCUUAUAUUCCAGCCGAAGUUUCUUGACCUUUCUUUCGGUGCAGCUUUGGCAGUUUUUCUCUUGUUGGAAACUAUUCGAAUAUGGAAAAUCUGGCCAUUAGGUCAUCUAGUUCAUCAAUUCAUGAACGCUUUUACAGAUCAUCGUGAUUCUGAUCUUCUUGUUGUCAGCCACUUCUCUCUGUUGUUGGGAUGCGCAAUUCCUAUUUGGUUGGCUUCUGGUUUUACUGAUAGGCCACUUGCACCAUUUGCAGGAAUUCUGAGUCUUGGUAUUGGAGAUACAAUGGCAUCCAUGGUAGGACACAAGUAUGGAGUUCUUAGGUGGAGCAAGACUGGAAAGAAAACAAUAGAAGGCACUGCUGCUGGCAUUACUUCUGUUCUUGCUGCUUGCUUUGUUCUACUUCCACUUUUAGCAGCAACUGGUUACAUUUUUACUAUGGUCUCUCUCUCAUACCACUGGUUUUCUUUGAUUGUAGCGGUGACCACCAGCGGGCUGUUAGAGGCCUACACGGCACAGCUCGAUAAUGCCUUCAUACCUUUGGUUUUCUAUAGCAUGCUGUGUUUAUGAAACGCAACAAGAAAUUACACUCGACUUGCAAGAGCUCAUACCCGACUUCACAGAUAAAUAUGCUGCUCAUUUUUUCUUGUAUAUAAGUAACAAAAUAGUAAGUACAGUAGCAUAUAUCACUGUCAUAAAUAUAGAGAAGUGUUCUUACUUCCCCCCAUCUUAGCUAUAGAUGGGAUGAGUAUGUUGUACCAAUAGUUUAUUUAGUAUACGAGUCAAAAUUAGCACAUGACGGCAUCCAGUUUAAUUUGUAUGAAUUUCUUUUUGGAAUAAUGAGAUAUGAAUUCGAUUCUUGCUGAAAAA